AUGGAAGAAACAUACCUACUUAAUGUCGAAGGAGUCAAGAAAAAGAUUUUACAUGGAGGCUAUGGGGGGCUGCCACAUUUCCAAGAUGGGAGCAAGGUCACGUUCCACUUCCAGACGCUGAAGGACAACUUCGAGCGGACAGUGAUAGACGACAGCCGAAGGGCUGGCGUCCCCAUGGAGAUUAUUGUGGGGAAGAUGUUCAAAAUCGAGGUCUGGGAGACCCUGUUGACUUCCAUGAGGAUCGGUGAGGUGGCCGAGUACUGGUGUGAUGCUAUUCACACGGGCAUGUAUGCCCUCGUCUCCAAGGGCAUGAGGAAAAUUGCCGAGGGGAGAGACCCCCUGGAGGGGCAGAAGCACCGCUGUGGGAUGGGCAACAUGUUUGACUACCACAGCACGGGCUAUGCAGACCUGGACGACCUGCAGAGGGAGCCUCAGCCCCUCAUCUUCAUUAUGGAGCUGUUCAAAGUGGAAGACCCUUCCUCCUACAAACGGGAUACCUGGGCCAUGAGCAAGGAUGAGAAGCUGCUGGCAGUGCCCAAGCUUCACACAGAGGGCAACCGGCUGGUUCUCUCCAGGAAAUUCAAGGAAGCAGCUGAGAAGUACCAGGAAGCUGUCAUCUGUUUGCGCAAUGUCCAGGCCAAAGAGAAGCCACAGGAGGAGGAGUGGGUCAAGCUGGAGAAUCUCAUCACGCCACUCGUGCUGAACUAUUGCCAGUGCCAGCUGGAGCUGGGGGAGUAUUAUGAGGUCUUGGAGCACACCACGGACCUCCUCCAGAAGAACAGCAAAAACGUUAAGGCAUACUUCAAGCGAGCGAAGGCCCACGCGGCCAUCUGGAACGAAAAGGAGGCUCGUGAGGACUUCAUGCGGGUGGCUUACCUGGACCCAUCCCUGGCAGCCGCUGUGAGGAAAGAGUUGAAGAUCCUGGGGGAACGGAUGAGGCAGAAGCACGUGGAAGAGCGCAAGCGGUACCAGGGUCUCUUCCAGCAACCUCUCCAUAAAAAGGAAACGGAGCAGAGCAGGGCUGCGGAGACCGGAGAGCUCCCCAAGGGGAAAGAGCCGCUGCCUGGCUGUAGCCUCGGGAGGGCAGAGAUGGAGGGAAAUGACCCAGAAGCCAACGAGCCUAAAAAGAGGGGUGAAAUCGGGGCAGGUAGUGGAGAACCGGAGCCAGGGAGUGUAGAGGAGGAAAAGGGAGGCAUCCUAGUGGGGCGGGAAAUGGGCAACAAGGACUUUGCCUCUCCAGAAGAGAUCAGGAUGACUGCGCAGGUCGAAAGCGAGGUACGUGACCAAGGGACGGCACCGAACUAUUCUGCACAUAAUGGCACAGAAGGUGAAAGCUCCUGCCGCAGGCAGCAGCCGGACGUUGGGCAACAGGGGGCUGAUCGGGAGGGGGGCAAUGCCGAAGACUCUUGCAGCCAGAAAGACGCUGCCGGCUUUGCGAGGCCAAAGGAAGAUGGAGAAAGGAGAACCGGCUGUGGGGGGUUUGAGGAGGCUGUGGGGGGAGCUGCUGGAAGCGCCAUGAUCAGCAGAGGGGGCGGGCCUGUGGAAGGCCCCUGUGGGCCCGGGCAGUGCCCCACAACCCAGGAUUCCAGCGGAAAGAGAGAAGAAUGUGAAGAGUGUGGGGAGGUUGGAACUCCCGCUGGGGUCCUUCCUAGGACACAAGACCAGGCAGCCCGUGGCCCGGAGGAUGUUGCCGAAGGAGCGAGAGGGAAAAGCGCUGGGCGAGGCAGCGAAGGCGGUGGCAUCCAGCCGCUCUGCGAAGGCUCCGGGAGAGAGGCGAAGGGGGCGGCUGCAGAACUGCAGCUGCGGGAAGCUGCUGGUUCAGACUGGGGGAGCCCUGGAGGAUGGCGAGAACGUGCCUCUGGAGGGAAGGACAAAAUGGGGGACGAAAUGGAGUGA